CGACAGUCCUCGUUUUUGUGACAAGAAACGCCGAAGAUCGAGAUUCGUUGUUGGAAGGAUAGCAUGUAAACGGUUCUCUCGAAGAGUUGGUUAAUCGUAUGAUUGUUGUUUGUUUUUUUUUUGAUUUGAUUUAUUUAUAUACACGUCGUGAAUCGAUCGACGCGUUGAGGUUUGUUUAAAUUACUUGUGAGACGCGAUAAACAGGCGUUAAAUGUGAAGUGUGAUACAAGUAAAACCUGUGUUAUUAUUCGUUCGUUCGACGCAAGGCAAAGGAUUUUAAAUCUGAAUAAAAGAUACGAGUAAAAUAAAUAAACAAAGAAUCGAGAUGCAGAUGCACGAGCAGGUUAUUGUCGAUGGACAGGAACAACCGAUCAGCAGGACUUACCAAUACAGAAAGGUGAUGAAACCGAUGUUGGAACGCAAACGUAGGGCGCGUAUAAACAGAUGUCUCGACGAGCUGAAGGACCUGAUGGUGACGGCGCUUGCUGGCGACGGAGAAAACGUCGCGAAGCUCGAGAAGGCCGACAUCCUCGAAUUGACGGUUCGACACCUCCACAAGCUCCAGAGGCAGCAAAGACUCUCGGCUAACCCGGUCAUAGACGCGGACAGAUUCAGGGCCGGGUACACGCAUUGCGCGAACGAGGUUAGCCGGUGCCUGGCGGCGACGCCGGGCGUCGACGUCGCCCUUGGAACCAAGCUCAUGACGCACUUGGGCCACAAGCUCAACGCUAUGGACAAGACGGGACCUCUGACCAUCCACGUCAUCGCCCCCCAGUCAUCGCCGACGGGCAGCGAAAGCACCGACGACAUCGGCGAGGACUAUUCCAUGCCACUGACGCCGGCCUCCAGCCAACCGUCGCCCGCCAGAUCCGACGUCGAGGGGGCCUCGUUCAGUCAUCGGGGCCUUCUGCAGGUCGCCAAGCCGACCGAGUCCGUUUGGAGACCGUGGUAAAUCGGACUGUGUGGAAGGUAGAACCGUGCGUGAAGGAAUUGAAAGAAGAAACGAUAUACGCCGGGAACCAGAAGGAGAAGAAGAAGAAGAUGUAAGCCAAUAGGGAAGACGGAAGAAGAAAGAGAAGAAGGAAAAAUCGGCCUAACAAGCCCCCCACCCCACCUCGGAGUGUGACGUUAUAGGAACAACGGGGAAAAAAGUAUGAGAGGUGAUGUUUUGUUUUGUCGAGAUAUUUUUUAUUUUUUAUUUUUUUUUGCCCUCCUUUUGUUUACCGUCUCUCAACGUCUCGAAGAAGAAUGAGAAGAUAAAUGAAGUUAAAAAAAGCUACACCGUGAUAUAAUGAAUGAAUGAAAAAAAAAAAAACAAACCGUGGCUUUUAAAACACUUUUAUUUGUGAUCAUUUAUUCUUUUUUCGUUUAUCCUUCUUCUUACGAGAAAUCACCGCGUUACGACGGGAUUGGAUUAGUAUCGAUUUCGUAGCUCCGUUUUAACCAAGCGGGGACUGAAGGCAUCGUCUCGAUAUUUGACAAAAAAAAAAAAAAAAAUCAAAAUCCAAGAUCAAAAAAGGAAGUAGCAUUAAAUAAUAAAA